AUGGCAACCAAACGUCAGUCAUUUAAGCCAUAUCCAGAUCCCCGGAAGGCUGACACUCGACCGCAGACUGCUUUCAAGGUCCACGGCACCGUGCAAGGUGUCGGAUUCCGCGACUUCGUUCAGAAAUCUGCUAAUAGUCUUGGUUUGCACGGCUAUGUGAGAAAUACCACAUGCGGAAGAGUUGAGGGCGAGGCCCAGGGGAGUGAUGAGACCGUGCAGAAGUUCCUCCAGCAGAUCAACAAGGGUCCCCGCAUGGCUCAGGUGGUCAAGCUGGAGAAACGGGAGAUGGAGCCGCGUGAAGGCGAGGAUCACUUUCAGGUGAUGCGCACGUCCGAGUCUCUGUUCGGUUCGGAGUGUUAG